GCAUCUGCUCCGUUCAUUCGGUGAGGGGGGAACCGCUGUGAGCCUCCGCUCGCGCUUUUGUUCAGUGUCUCUCCUCGCGACCGGCGAAGUGCGCGCCGUUUCGAGCUCCUCUCUGGACUCGGGCUGAGGAGAAAUACUGUCCUUUUUCAACGAUUUUACCGAGGCAAGGAGUUCAUUUCAGCACGUUUCUGAACAGAUUUGAAUGGUUUACCACAGCGGCUGUUAUCAUCUACUCUGCUGUAUCUGAGGCGACGCGGCAUUCCUGUGGACUUUCUGAGGUGACGACGCGCUUCACUUCGGAGAAGGAUGCUGGGGGAGCUCCGCUUGACUGUUCUCCAGUCUCUCCUGGCUGUGUGUCUGCUCUUUACCCUGGAACAUGGCAUGGUGAGCUGUGAUACUGUGGUGAACAUGCGUAAGGUGACUCACCAGCGGGUUCAGGAGCCUCUGUCAGGUACGGCCCUCCUGCCGUGUGUUUUCACCCUGCACCCGAGUCCUUCGCACGAACCCCCUCGCAUCAAGUGGACCAAACUGUGGGGUCAACGCGGCUCGGACGGUCUACAGAAGCAGCAGUCGAUUCUGGUGGCUAAAGACAAUAUAAUCAAGGUGAAGAAAGCCUUCCAGGGCCGCGUGACCUUGCCGGGAUACCCGGAGAACCGCUACAACGCCAGCCUGGUGCUGACAGGCCUGCGAUCCAGCGACUCCGGGAUGUACCGCUGUGAGGUCGUGGUCGGCAUUAACGACGAACAAGAUAUAGUGCCCCUUCAGGUCACGGGAGUGGUCUUUCACUACCGCGCACCUCACGACCGAUACGCACUGUCCUUCACUGAUGCCAAAAGAGUUUGUCUGGAGAACUCUGCCAAUAUUGCCACACCGGCCCAGCUGCAGGCCACUUUUGAUGACGGCUACGACAACUGCGAUGCCGGCUGGCUGUCGGACCAGACUGUGAGGUAUCCCAUCCAGUCGCCUCGGCCUGGCUGCUUUGGCGACAGGGAGGACUCACCUGGCGUGAGGAACUACGGCAGCCGAGACCCCGAUGAAAUGUUCGAUGUGUACUGCUUUGCCAGCGGCCUGCAAGGUGAAGUGUUUCACACCAGCGUGCUGGAGAAGUUGAGCCUGGCAUCUGCUUCCACUCACUGCCACACUCUGGGAGCUCAGCUGGCCACGGUCGGGCAGCUCUACCUUGCCUGGCAGGGUGGCCUCGACCGCUGCGACCCCGGCUGGCUGGCUGACGGCAGCGUGCGUUACCCCAUCAACCUGCCCCGGCGUAACUGCGGAGGCGAUGAACCAGGAGUACGGACCGUUUACCACAACCCCAACCGCACCGGGUUCCCAAACACUAGUGACCUCUUUGACGCCUACUGCUAUCAAGAGAAGAAUUUCGAAGAGCAGGCGGCGAUACUCCACAAAACCCUAGAAAACAUCACUUUUAACUCUUCAAGCGACGAAGAGGUGCAGCUCCAAAGAAACGGAGCCUUCCCUGAACCUUCAACUUGGACCGGUCUGGUCGAUCUCGAGAAAGAAGACUUCAAGUCCAUCAUAAACAACGAAUCUUCAGAAAUCUCAGAGGAGCAUGUUGUAAUCCAUCUUGGACCUGAAGAAAGGUCUGUAGAAUGGGAGGACGAUGCUGUGGAGAAGCAGGAGAACCUUCAAGGGGGUUCGGCGAAAGAGGAGACCGAUGAUUCGGAUGGUCUCGAUGUGUCUCCUGACCCGUCUUCAACCACGCCAUCUUCCUCUACGCAAGCUCAGACCAGCAACAGCGUCAUUUCCAACUUUGUGAACACAAUCAUGAAGCCAUUUAGGUACUGGACCGGGACUGGAGAACCUGAGAUACCAGCCACAGAGUCCAGCCUCUACAGAGGAACCUCAGAAAUGGUCCCACCUGCCAGGACGAAGCCAAGUAGAGGAAAAACAAGUGAAGUUGGUGCUGAUAACGCCAUCGUGGAGCCUAAUAUCAAGGAACAUUCAUACAAUCCCUCCUCACCAGAUCCAGAAGAAGAGCUCUUGGAACAGGAGAAAGAAGUGGUCUUGGUGGCUGCGAAGCAGGAGAUAAAGAGUCCAAGCAAUUCUUAUAUGGAUCAUCCAUAUUCACAGACCUUCACAGACAGCUUCACUGGACCAACCAAAGGAGCAAUUGGAUCAGGAACGGCGGAUCCGACUCUUUCUUCGGCAUCUAAAAGCUUUGAUUCCAUGAGGAGCAGCCAACAAAUUUGGCCGCAAAAGUCUUUGAAAGUUGCCCCAAGCAAUAAUAGGCAUUUCAUAACUCAAACAAGCAGUCCUAUGGAAGCUAAAAGAGCCAGUUUGGAGAUCAUGACCAUUCCUGUUUCCAGGAACAACCCUGAGAACUUCUCCGGGGAAGGGAAAGACUUGAAUGAGGAUGGUUACCCUAUUCCCAAAGGUCCUCCGUCACCAUUAUUUGCAGAGGAAGAAAAAGAUGGCGAGGGAAGUGGAGGGAAGGAGUUACCGUUCACCAUUGACAGCCAAAUGAAUGGAUCUGAUGACCACAGAGUCCCGCUGGAGACCACUGUCAGAUGGCAGCUUAUGAGUCUCCAGACAACUCAACCUACUAGUGAACCCAAGCAUGAGAAACCAGCUGACAUGGUUGAGGAAGCCAAGGGGGAAAUCAUGUACGUCCAUCGCCCCAUUGAAAAACACAAGAACAUUCCCUUGAAUAAAGUCAACGUGCCUUUUGUUAAACGAAAGCAAGACCUAGGGUUGACUAUUGCACCAGAAACACACACUUCCAACUCGCCUACCACACCAAGCCCUGAAGAUCCCAACGAGGACAAGCAAGCAAUUCAACCACCAACCGUAGGAAUCACUCCUUCCCAACUGGGAGAAGAAACCACUACCGAAGACAUUUUGUGUACUCCGAAUCCAGCCGUUUCCAGCACGUGGUUACCUGUGGUUCAAGAGGAGGUAGAUACUCCACAACCACCGGUUUCUACCAUAAUAGUGAUGCAAGCUGAACCUACGGUUCCACCGACUAGUCCAGGUCCAAACGACACUUCCCAGCAGGCUGAGUCCAGGUCAGGAGGGUCAGAGUCAUUUGUGUUGGCUCAGGGCUGGAUAAUAUCUGAUCCGGCUCCAACGGAGGAACCUUCAUCCCAGACCACAGGAAGGCCAGAGAAGGACACAACUGUGGCUGAGAGUGAAAACAGCCCCUCCAGAACUUCAGAAAAUGAUCCCUGCCACAACCCGUGCCUGCAUGGUGGGAGCUGUUUGACCGAGGGGGAGGGAUACAGUUGCCUGUGCCCUCAGGGCUAUUCAGGAGAGAGCUGCGAGAUCGAUAUUGAUGAUUGUCAGUCCAAUCCAUGUCAGAAUGGAGGCACCUGCAUUGAUGAGAUCAACUCUUUCGUAUGCCUGUGUCUGCCCAGCUAUGGUGGAGCAACCUGUGAGAAAGAUACUGAGGGUUGCGAGCACAACUGGAGGAAGUUUCACGGCCACUGCUACAGGUACUUCACCCGCAGACACACGUGGGAAGACGCGGAGAAGGACUGCAGAGAGCACAGCGGUCACCUGGCCAGCAUCCAUUCCACACAAGAGCAGGACUUCAUUAAUGGACUGUGCCAUGAAAACACAUGGAUUGGUCUGAAUGACAGGAUGGUGGAAGAAGACUUUCAGUGGACUGAUAACAUGGAUCUGCAAUAUGAGAACUGGAGGGAGAACCAGCCGGAUAAUUUCUUUGCGGGCGGAGAGGACUGCGUGGUGAUGAUCGCCCAUGAGAACGGCAAAUGGAACGAUGUGCCCUGCAACUACAACCUGCCCUACAUCUGCAAAAAAGGCACAGUACUAUGUGGAGCUCCGCCCACCGUGGACAACGCUUUCCUGAUUGGUCGGAAGCGUUCGCAUUAUGACAUACACUCUGUGGUGCGUUACCAGUGCGGUGACAGUUUCCUGCAGCGCCACAUUCCCACCAUCAAGUGUCGCGCCAACGGCAAAUGGGACCGGCCCAAGAUCAUCUGUACGAAGUCAAGGAGAUCUCACCGCUACAGACGCCACCACCACAAGUCCCACCACGAGCGCAGAAAGCACAAGAGGCACGGUUCAGGAGGUCAUCGAGGUCAACAGGAGGGUCACGGCCAUUUCUAACCAAAUAAUCCCCUCCUUUCCGCUAGCCUUUCACCUAAACCUCCUUAUCUUUGAUAUCUGACGGCCUUUCACCUUUCCCCCUUCUAGUCUGGCUCAGUCUACCCCCAUUAUGAUCAGAGGGGCACUGCUGGACCCCACAAGGACUAUAACAAUUUCACUUUUCCGUCUCUUUAAUCCCUUAAUGUUACAUCUCAUUUUAGUGGAUCCAACAUGAAGAAAGUUCUUUCGUACCUUAAAUGUAGAAAACACUCUAGGUAACUGUUUAUGUAUUUUUACAUAAGCAUUAAUUGAGCGGGUGGGUUGGUACUACAUGUAAAUAUUGUAUUUCAUUUCAAAAUGUGGGAUCAAAUCGAAACAGCCAGGAAAUGCUUGGGAUUGGUUAGCUUAUGCAGUAUUUCUUGGCUGUUUUGACGUUGGUUUGCUCUUUGUAAGACAUUAACCUAAUUUAUACAGUAUUUCUGAGUAUUGGUGUGUUUUGAGUUGAGAGGAGUGGUGCUCAUCUGGAUUUUACAUGAAAAUUAAAUCAGGCUCAUGUCAUUCCAAACCUGUAUGAUUUUAUUUCUUCCAUCGAACACAAAAGGACAAGAGUGACUGGCAACAAGAGCUUUAAAAAAUGGCACCAUAAAAGUAGUUGUGCACUGUAUUUGACGUCUUCUGAAGCCGUACGAUAGAUUUGUGCGUAAAAAAGACCGAAGUUCAAAUAAAAGUCAUUGCUCCAUUGUAGCUUUCAAAGAAAUGUUGAACGAGAUUUCAAAUCCACAUUGGUGGAGUUUUCUGCAAAUAAUCAUUUCAAUUUAGCAUUUUCCUCACACAAAUGUAUCGGAUACCUUCAGUAUUGGUGUGUUUUGGGUUGCGAAGACUGGUGUUCAUCUGGAUUUUCAGUGUAGAAACUGCACAAUUCACACAAAAAUGAACUAAUACUCAUGUUGUUCCAAACCCGUAAGAUUUUAUUUCUUACGUCGAGCAAAAAAAGGAGAUGAGUGACUGGCUAUAAAUGAGCAAUAUCAGCUACGAGUGUGAUAUUGCGUUUAUGCAACAGUUUGACGGCACGAGUGUGUAAAAACAUAAGAAACAACAACAGAGUGUCUUUAAAAACCCUUUUUUGUGCAAAACUACUUCCUUCUGCCACAGAUUCAAAUCGCAAGUUGACGGUUUAACAACUGAGCCCAAGCGUCUGUUUCUAUUUCAAAAACGUCACUUUAGAACUAUUUUAAGUCUAAACAAGUACAUUCUUGCUUAAAAAAACUCUUAAAACUGUAUUCCGUGACACAAAAACAGUAAUAUUUAUAAAAUUAUGGUGGAUUUGGGCCAUGAUAUUCACUUUGAGAAACGGUUGGAGAACUGAUAUCGCUUGAAUAUCGCACUCCUCUCAGCCAAUCAGAUUUGAGGACCAGAAAGAACUGUUGUAUAAAUGACAAUAAAGUACCCUGAAAGUAUGAAUUUAACGUCUUCUGAAACCGUAUGAUAGAUUUGUGCGAGAAGCAGACCGAAGUUAUUCAUAAUCAAAAAGUUGUUAUUUUAUUGUAGCUUUUGCGGAAAUGUGACGUUUGAUCUCAUUUAUGUCAAACUGGUGACGAACGAGAUUUCAGAUCUGUUUGUUUGCUUUUUUUUUUUUUUUGUGAAUAAUCAUUGAAUUCUUGCAGGGGUGUGUGUGGGGGGGGGGGGGUUCUCAUACAAACUAAUCAAAAAUCUUCAGAAGAAGAAUAUAGCACACAUGUGGUCAUGCAAACCACUUUUAUGAAACUUUAAUGGUGCUCCACUGGAAAAGAGCAGCUUGGACUCUCUGCAAAGUAUCUUCUUUUGUGCUCCACAGACAAAAGAACAUAACACGGGUUUGAAAUGACAUGAGGUUAAAUAACUAAUGAUAGACUUAAUUGUUGGGGUCAAAAUAUUCCUUUAAGUCCUUAAACAGCUUUUAACUAGUUGUUACGAAGAUAUAUUUCAAGCCUCGAGAAAAGGUUUUCUAUCUUUCACAGUUAUUGACUUUGAAUGACUUGACAAGAAUUAGAUGAAAUGUGCCACAGUAAAAUCCCCCCUACUUUUGGUUCCUCCAUCUGUUAUUGAUGGUCUGUGUCAUGAUCUCCCACUUUCUCACCCACAGAGGAGAAAUUGUCCUGUCAGAGCCUGUCGGUGAGAAAAGAGCGAGAAUUAGAGGGCCGGAAAGAGAGGUUUGACUUGCUGGUCUUAAUUGCACUCGACUACAUAAACGCCACAUCAAACUGAGCCGGUGACAAGGUACUUUUAACAGCCUUGGGGGUUGCAGAUAUGCCCGUAAUUAGCUUCUCGAAGUAGCACACUUAAGGAAGAAAUAUAACAGGGAUGGAUUCCCAUGGGUGGGUUGAGGACGGAAACAAAGAAUCCAGAUGGUGCGAUAUCACAUACGAGUUAGAUGUUAAAAGUGCUCAUGGGUAAAUUUCAGAGGCAGGGAUACCUCCAGCACUGAAGAUCAGGAGGUUAAAAAGGAAAGGCUCAUGCAGAAGAAGGCCAGUUGAGAGGCAGCAUUUGGCCUUCUGUUCUCCUCAGAGUGAAAGAUUUGGUCUGGACUCACUGAGGUUUCCAAAUGCACCCUUUUUUCAUCCCUACCAGGUGUGUGUCCUGUUUUUCAAAGAGUACUGCGACAGCUGACUCAAAAAUGAGGACCGCUUCUUAUUCCCUCCCCUCUCAACUAUCCUCCUUACCUUAAAAAAGGGCAGACUCUUUCUUUUUUAUGGCGCAUUUCUCUAAUGCCGGGGUUUGUGCUUAUCUCUCGCUGUUCCUUUCUCAAUGUCCCAGUGAGAUUGCAAACGUAGCCCAGUUUUCUGCCAACUUCUUUUCAACGUCAGCGCUCCCCCUUAUUUCCUUUUCUACCUUUAUCCACCUUUUUUAAUAGACUUUUCUUUUUAAUUCAAGGAUGAAAAGCCAAUAGUCUUAAUAUCUGAACAAUUCAUCUUUUUGUUCCAAGAAACGUAAUUAAUGUUGAGGUUAUUAGUGCUUAUUUUGAUAAAGAAGCAAUUGACCUCAAGAAAAGGAUGAUUAAAAUUUUGAAAAAUAAAAAGCUGUUUUUGAACAUUUUGAAGUUAAGUCAAAAACGGAGGAACAUGCAUUUGUAGUAAAUUUCACAAAAACAUUAAUUUUGCAUUAUUUUUUAUUAUUUAUAUAUGUGUGUGUUCACUUGUUCACUUCAUAAUAAUUUCAGAGUGGUUAAUUUUCUUGAAAAUAAUGUCACAAUGCAAAACAAAAUCCACAUCCUUAAAGUAAAAUAACUUUUUUUCUUUCGAUUUUGGGGUGAAUACUGACCUGCUCUGGGCGGGUUUCGUACAAUUCAUUCUAAUGCCCAUGCAUGAUUUGCAUCGAACAGGAGGUGCACCAGUGUUAUGCAAUUUAUCUGUCAAAUUGGAGUCUCAUUCUGAUACCCAGGAUCCUAAUAAUCCAUAUUAGCUGCUAAUGUACCUCUAUAUCACACUAAUAGCUCUUUACAGCCCUCAGCUGAGGCUAGCGAAGGAAGGCAGAUGGCUAACAAUGUGGCAACAUAAUUGUGAGCCUUGAUUAUAAAAAUGAAUCUCUAAACAAAGAAUGUUCACAGCUGUCUUUUGGCAGGCAUUCUGAAGAACUAUAAGAGGCAGCUGCGGGAUUUUCUUUCUUUCUUUUCUUUCUGCAAGUUUUCUGACUAAUUGCCACAGAGCAAUUGCUGUCCCAGAGGUUGUUACGCUAGCUGCACCACCCCUUUGUAGUUACAUUCGUGGAACAUAGUCUUAUUUAGGCUUGUUUGCAUGACUCAUUCAGCCAGAUUUGUUGAGAUUCUCGCAAGGAGAAUAUGCAAAAUACACUCGCAAUAGCCUCCAACAGUUUGUUUGCUAUCUGCUGCUGCAGCCAAGAAUGGCAUUUUUCCAUUUUGAUAAAAUGUUCAUGUUGUAUCGAGAUGUUAACCUUGUUCUUUUCGUAUUUACAUAAUUGUUGGAGGUAAAGAGGAAGCUACGGAGGUGAGACAGGAGCACAAUGUCCUCUGUUUAAUCAGGACUGCAGGUAAUAAGCCACAUCCAUCAUCACCUUCCGGACUAUCACGGCCAGAGUAGCACGUCUGAAUUUUUAGUGCGUUAUCUUCGUCUGCUGGAAAUGUCUUUGAUUGUACGGUGUCAGAAAGGGAAUUACCAUGACAAAGAAGCCAGUUCAGCCGCUGGUGGCAGUGUGGAUUGUUCUGGGAAAUCACUGCUGCUUAGUAUACUUAACCCGAACCUCCGGCGUUCCCUGUUCACCUAAACCGUGCUUUCAUAGUCCGCACUUAACCUCAUAUAAAUCUGUAUUGGCACAUAAUCUUAUCUGUAAAUUCCAUCUCAGCCAGCUGUCAUAUCAUUAUAUAAGACUUUGUCAUGCAUGUCGUUUAUUUGAUGAUAACACUGUUGGAGAGGACCUUAAAGAAGACUCUGAUAUGAUACCGAUUAAUAUGGUGGGGUCUUUAGCUUUACAUUGAUAUGCAUUUGGACUAUGAUGUUCCCGGACUUUUGUUACCUGAAUUUCUGUUUACAUUUCAGAACCAAGCAUAUGAGACUUUUCCUGUGUAUUUACAGUUACAGCUCUUAUUUCUGUUUAUUAUUUGUUGGCUUGAAGGGCAUCCCGUCAUUAUUAAUGACCCAGCAUUCCCUGCUGUUACAAGCAGUAAAUUCAUUCCUCUGGCAGUAGCAAAACAACCUUGCGACAAAACCAUAAAAUCUUUUGACACCACUCCCCAGCUCGGUCAUGUACAGCCUUUGUUUUCACUUCUUGAUGUUUUCUUCUCAUUUUUUAUGUAUGGAUUUAUUUAUUUUUCACUUUUUAAAAAUGAAAUCUGGAUGUGUUUGUUGCUUAGAGUCCCUGGACCUCAGUCACACAAGCUUACUCUCUGUUCUCCGAUGCUAGGCAGAAAACACUACUGCUGCUGCGUCAAACACCAAACACCAUCUUCUACAUUGAGAUACUGUUGUUUUUUUUUAAAGCAUUUCUCUCUCUGGGAUGACCUGAGUCAGGCUGUGUGAAUUUGGUCCAUGUGUGUUAUUCAAUAUUUAUUGAUGUUCUUAUGAAUUCUAGUUCUGUCAUUGUAUUAUAUUCUUUACCGAAUUAAAAACAUUGGAUGGGAUCGGUAAUGCCAUUGAA